AUGGCUGAGUACUAACCUUCAUACAGAAAGAUAGAUUUAAAUAAAAAUGGAAACAGCAAUAAUUUAUUUAGUAAAGUGAACACAAGUUCUGUCCAGAAUCUUAACUAAUCAACUACAGAAAUCAAUACUAAUUAAAUUAUGAAUAGCAACAAUAAUAAUAUAUUUGGGACAUAUUAGCCUAGCAAAUUUGAAUUAAAUACAGGAGUAUCUUUUAUGAAUGAUCCAAGUGUUAAGGGUGGUGACAUUUUUGAAAAUUAAAUACCAAUAAAAAUUAGAUAGUCAGGGAAAGAAGAUAUGCAAACAAUAUUGAACCUUAAAAUAUUUACUAGUAGCAAAGGAAACAAUUAAGGACAAGUAUUAAGAUUAGAAUUAACAGAUGAAAAUAAUCACCUCUUCUUAUUUCUUAUGGAAUUAAAUGAAACUGAGUUUUUGCACGUCAAAAAGGAAUAAAAUUUGCAUGUGGAUUUUUUCUCUUUCCCUUAGCAAUUUGCAGAAAGAGUUGAACUGUGUUUGACUUAAGAUUUAGACAGCAAAGUUUAAUUUUUCUGCAUGCUUGAUAUCAAAAAUAACAGCGAAGCUGAUUUUAACAUUGUAGAAAUGAACCAUUUCAAGUCUCUUAUACAUUUAUCAUUAAAAUUAAGACAGGCUAAUGAUGAAAUCUUAAAAAAUUUUAUUGCAAAAAAAUUAUAAAUCUAAAAAAUGGAAAAUGAAUAAUUGAGAUGCUAAAACUCGAGAUUAGAAGAAGAAUUAAACCAAAAAUCUAUGGAUGUUAGAAUAAACUCUGACGAGCUUAAAAAAUUGUAAGAUGAGAAAAGAAGGAUUAUUGAGGAAAUUAAAUUAGAUGAGUAAAGUAAAUUUUAAAAAGCUAAAGAAGAGUAUUUAAUGAAAGAAGAAAAAAUAAGAAGAUAAUAUGAAUAAAGUAAAUUAGAAAACGAUUAGAAAUAUAGAGAAGAUAUUGAAUUAUAUCAAGAUAAAUAUGAAAAAUCUCUUAAUAAAUGUCAAGAUCUUCAAGAAAAACUUACUGAAUUACAAGCUUUAUUGAAGGAAUUUUAAUCUAAGACAGCCACACUAGAAAAAGAAUCUACUAUGAAUAGGAGAGAAAUAGAAGAACUCAGAGUUCAAAAUAGGGAAUUAAAUGAAAUCAGAUUUAAACAAGAAAAAAAAAUUACAGAAUUAUCCUUUGUCAACUAGGGUAUGACAAAAUAAAUAGAAGACAAAGAAAAUCUCUUAGUGAAUAAUAAAGAUUUAGUUGAGAAUUUUAAUAACCAGAAAGAUUUAUUGAAGCAACAAUGCGAUGAAUACAGGAAUUAAAUAUUAAAAUUGGAAUAGAAAUUAGAUUUAUGCAGUGAAGAAAUCAACAAAGGAAAUAAAAUUAUUGAAAAAUUAUAAGAAGAACUAUAAAAAUCCAAGAACAAAAUAAAAAUGAAAAACUAGAUGGUGCUUAAAUAAGAAUAAUUCUUGGAAGAAAUAAGACAAAAAAAUGAUGAAUUAGGAAAUGAAAUCCUUAGAAAGGAGAGAGAAAUAAAUAACAAAGAUCUCAAAAUAAAAGAGCAAGAAACAUAAAUCAAUGAUUAUAAAGAGAAGUUGCAAGAGAGCUGUAAAACUAUAGAGAGCAGUCAAUCAAUGAUUUAAUAUUUGAAUAAGUAAUUAAAUGAAGGAGGAAUUAAAACAAGCAUGAUUUCUACAACUGCUAAACCUUAUUUCUCCUCUAAUUAUGAAAGCAAAUAUGCUACCACUAAUUACGCAUCUAACACAGCAGGAAUUACUAGGAAAUACUCAUAUCUUGACUUAAACACAGAAAGUUCUUAAUAAAAUGCUAACGGAGUUACAACACCUUAUAGCUUAGCUAAAGAUAGUUAAACAGCAGGAUUAAAUCCUACAUUUGGAGGCACUACAAAUUAUAAUACAGUAUAAAAUAAACCCUCAUAUACACCAACUAGCUAAAGCACUAAUCCUAAUGAUUUGGUGUUUACUAGUAAAUAAUCAAACUAUAAUAACUACAGCGCAAUAAAUACUUAAAAUUAAUCUAGUACAAUCAACUACAACAAUAAUAGUAGUAAUUAUUUACCUAAUUUAUCUAAGUAGCUAAGUAGUUCUAAUAAUCCUAAUAACUAUUCUGAUCUUGUUUCAUAUAAUCCUAAUAGCACAAAUAAUAACAAUAACAUUUCUCAAUAAUCCUUUACUUAGUCUGGAUAAUCUUAAAAUUUAUAAAAAUAUGAAAAGAUAUCCAAAGAAGAAGAAAACGGAGAUGAUCAAGAUUUCAGUUAAAAAUAUCUAUUUAAUAAUAAAAAUAGCAAUAUAAACGAUUAAAAAAAAAAUAACUUCUUCUAAGAAGAUUAAGCAGACGAACCAUAGAGAGUCACCCCAAUAAAAUACCGCUAACCAAAAAAUCCAAAUUAAAACUGA